CAUGUAAAAAAGAAAAGGAGAUUAUGCACAGAAAAAGUUUAUCAGUGAAACAAAAGGAUUAAAAGACCGAAUUUGAUCAUAUUUGCAUAUGGUGGUUUAUACUGAUUUAUUUUGUGAGUUUAACACGUAACGGGUGGACGAGUGAGUGAUUUUCCAUGCAUACGUGUGUUAUAUAUGGGUGCUUCAGAGUCGAAACAGGAAGAGGAUCAUACAGAACAACUGAUUCGAAAUGUCAAAAUUGCCUUAGUUGGUACUUAUGGUGUUGGGAAAACGUCGAUAAUUACAAGAUAUAUCGACCAAAAGUUUAGUUCAGAAUAUAUAUACACACGAGGAGGAAACAUACGCAAGAAGUCCAUAAAAGUCUAUGGUAGACAAAUUCAAAUUGAACUAAUAGACACGGGUGGACAAGAAUAUCAAAAGAAACUCGUUCUUGGGUUUUUCACAAAAGCGCAAGUGCAUGGGGUGGUACUUGUACAUGAUAUCUCCAAGCCAAACAGUUUUAAUGAAGUUGAAGAUUGGCUGACAGACAUCCGACAGCACAGUCUGGGUGACCCCGUGAUCAUGCUCGUAGGAAACAAGAACGACUUGGAUCCGUGCGCGAAAUUCGACGAUCCGUCCACCAUUCCACAGAAUCUCAAAGCAGGCCCAGCUCGAGUCCCCUACGAACAGUGUGAAAGGAAGACAUACGAGCAGGGACUACUUCCGUUUUACGGCGAGGUCAGCGCCAAGACAGGCAUGAACAUUGAAUCCAUCAUUGAGCUACUCGUCAAAGAAAUUCUCCACCAACAAAAUAAACUCCUGGGUAGUAUCUGGGAGCCAGAUCUCAUGCAGGAGAGUAUCAAGCCCAGCACAAAACCCCAUGAAAAUCGGUCCCGCUGUAUCAUAUUGUAACAAAAGAUCCUGCAGGCCUCUGUUUUAAAGAUGAUUUCAUACGUGAGGAUGAAGCAGACGUUAUAUUAUACCGAAAUCCAGGCCAAAAGUCAAAACGAGGACGUUUGAUUGUGUUUAUAUGACUCAGUAAACUACAUGUACUUCUAGUUGGGCUGUGGAUAUGUAUUGAUGGUAGUGAGGUUCGCCCCUUUUGAUAUUUAGUCAACAUUAGUCAGUGUCAUCCCUGCAAUAAAAAAAGUUGAUGCAUAAUCAACACAUACACUAUGUAAAUUCAAUCACUGGAUAUAACUAAUCAAUGUUUAUAUGUAUUGUACAGUAAAACUCGGUUAUAGCGAAUUCCAAUUAAGGGACUGUUGGAUUUACAUAUCACUAUAUCCGUAAUUCGUUUUAACCGUAUAACGAAUUCGUAUUAUUUAAUGUACUGGCAUUAAAUAUUGAUUUUGAUGAUAUUAGCCAAACAGUAUGUAUAUGUAUUGAACAUGAUAUGAUUAGGUUAUAACUUCUCUAUGCAUUCUUUAUAUGUAAAGUUCGAAAUAAAUCGAUAUACAACAAACGGCCUGUCUUAAAAUUGUUUUCAAAUUAUUACGAGACUCGGUGCUUUCUUUGAUUUAAUUUAUAUAAAUCAUAUGAUAGAUAAUGAUGCACGAGAGGGCCACACAAAAAACAGACCGUCAUAUAGACGAAUAAGUUACCUGUAAUGUUCGGACGAAUAUUAGUUAUAUCUGUUUGGACAAAAUUGUUGUUUGUUCGAAAUAUUUUUGAAUGAUGGAUUAACUUUUGGCCUUAUUUAAUCACCACCUAUUACUGUUUAGUAUUUCGGAUCAAUUAGUCAUAAAAUUGAUUUUACGGAUUUUUUUAUUUAUUUCAUUAAGCCAGUAAUAUUAUAAGGGAAUAAUUCUGCCAGUAUUUUAAAUCUAUAUAAAAACAUAUGUUAAAACAAAGCAAUACU